UUUCGAUUGGAAUCCAGUUCCACUUGUUACAGGUGGUUGCACGUUUUCCAUGUUUUCUUUGUGCUUUCGAUACUUUUCCUCCCCAAGUACUUCGGUUACUAGCCUUGUCUAUCAGGGGAUUUGGACGGACUUGCUGCAACCUUUCUGGAACAGCUGAGUUUCCCAUCCUUUGUAGAAUAUGGCGGGAUCCCUCGUUUGUGCGACUGAAAUAUUUCUGAUACUCCCAGAACUUUUUCUUUGAUUUUGAAAAGUGAUUGUUGUUUGAUUUAUUAUAGAAAAUAUUGGGUAAAAAUGCCUUUUCACUCAAGGUCUGUGGAACCCAGGCGCGUGUGCAGGUUGAACGACGUGGGUUGCAUAGCCGGGGCGCUUACUGACCGAGACGAUUGUAGCUUCACCGGAGUGGAUGGUUACAAAGUUCGAAAGACCGUUUUGUUUACAUCGUUGGAAGAGGUUUGCUGUCACACUCUGACUAAUAUUAUCCAUCAACUUUCCGACCUUUCGCGGCACGCCAGCAACAUUUUUCUGGAAAUCGAAGCAGAAGCCGGAUUGCUAUCAAAGAGAUCCUGCAGAAUUCAACUUCGUCUGGAAACUUUGCAGAGUACUGUCCGAAGUUUAGAUCACAAGAAAAUCAAAAUCCCUGUGUCUAAUCUGGAUGAGGAGAGCAGGUGGACUGUGCACUACACAGCGCCCUGGCACCAGGGGGAGAAGCCGCCUGGCAACCGCCCGGUGGGUGAGGCCAAUCACCUGAAGACUGCGCUGCGAGAAUGCGAUAAGCUGAGGAAGGAUGGCUUUCGCAGCUCGCAGUACUACUCCCAGGGCCCCGUCUUCUCCAGCUCCACCCUGUCCAACAGCAGCCUGCAGGAGGACGAGGACGACGACCGGAAGUCCAUAGCGUCGUCUGCAGAGGAGGAGAAGCUAUCGUACCCCUCGAGGCCCCUCACCCCCCUGAUGGGGGGCGGGCAGGAUGUCACCUCGCCCCUGCCCACCCCAGAGCAGAAGAUGAGGGAGCAGGCCCAGGCUGUGCCCACUGACAUCAUCCCCAUUAAUGUUUCAGGGGAGACUUUUGACCGGCAGGCCAGUGUCCGACGCUCCUUAGUUAACACUGACACUGUGGUCAGGAGGUCCAAGAAGGUCAAAAGGAGAAAGACAAUAACAGGGGUCCCCGACAACAUCCAGAAGGAACUAGCAGGGAAAGGACCCAGAGAGUUCCGGGCUCAGUCGAUGUACAUCCCUGGCCAGUACUCCACGCUGGGCCGCGUGGGAAGCGUGAACUCCACGCUCCGGCGGUCGCAAACGCGAGACUCCAGCUGCCAGACAGAGGAGGUGAAGAUCGUACCGCCCUCCAUGCGCCGUAUCCGGGCUCAGAGGGGCCAGGGCAUCGCCGCCCAGAUGGCCGGCCUCUCGGCCUCUUCUUCCGGAAGCAUCUCAGCUAGCAGCGUCGACGGAGCCUGCACGGGGGUGGCCUACGCGUACGCGCCCCAGCUGAACGGGGGAGCUCGCUUCCACAGCCUGCCCCGCCAGGGGGCGCGCGUCUCCCUGAGCGCCGAACCCAUUUACAACAGCGCCCCCUGUAGGCCGGAAGACUGCCAUGCGGGCGGCCAGACCCAGUCCCGCCAGAUUGCCAAGCUUCAGGCCGAUGAGACGGUUGUGCACCUGAGGAGCACCCCCAGGACUGGAGCGAUGCCCCGCCCCAAAUCCCAGCAAGAAGUGCGGGGAGUGCAGGGGGACCCUGCUCCCCUCCUGGUCUCCCCUCAUGCUGCCUAUGCCACCUCGUUGAUACCCAACGCCACCUUGUCCUGCACCGCCCAGGUCAUCACCCUUAACACCGUCGGGCACACGCAGACAAUGGGGGCCCAGCCCUCGGGCCCACCCCGAGGAGAAAUGGGCUCGCAGUGCAGUGAACCGGACGCCCCCAGCGAGUCAAGCUGCUGCUCAGACGGGAGCUUCCAGAACUCGGCCACCUCCGCCACAGAUCAGUGGGUCUAUGACACCCCGGAGAACGUCUUACCCAAGAGGCCCCUGACGUCCAGCUGCUCUACCCCCAUAAACCACCUGUACAGCAGCCUGGAGAGGCCCUCGAACCGCACGGACUCGGGCUCGCUCUGCUCCAUAGACAAUGACGGCUACUACACCUCCAUGCGCCUGGACUCCGGCCUCAAGUCCCGCAGCCACGGCAACAUCGCCACCGCCCGCCACAGCAUGUACGAGGGCCAGCAGCAGCACGCCUACGCCGGUCAGGAGGAACGCGCCAGCCUCUACAGCAACAGGUCGCUCUCUCGCAGCAUCUCCCUCCGCAAGGCCAAGAAGCCCCCCCUGCCGCCCGCCCGGACCGACUCUCUCCGCCGCAAGCCCGGCAAGAAGGCCGCCAACGGCGGGGCGCCGCUGAACGAGACGCUGAUCGCCAGCCUGCAGCAGUCCCUGCAGCAGGGGGGCCUGAAGGACCGGGUGGCGAGCUCCUCGCCCUCUCAGAGCCCCUGCAGCGAUUACGAGGACCCCUGGGUGCUGCGGCCGAGGAGCCAGAGCAGCGCCAGCGCCGGGAGCAGCGGGGUGUCGGCCAACGUCUACUCGCUGUGCCCCGUCACGCCCCCGCAGAGCGACACCAGCAGCCUGCGGUCCGACUACGCCGAGUGGGGCUGCUACGGUGAGCGGCCCCGGUCCCCGCUCGCCCGGUCCAUCAGUGUCGGCGGGACCCCACGGGGAGGCCUCCAGAAUGGGCCCCAGGCACCCCUGCCCUUGCCUCUGCCCCUGGCCCAGGACGCCCCCAAGCCUAAGGCAGCCACAACAUCCUCCCCCGACCGGGUGCACCGGUUGACCUCGCCCUCCAGCGGCUAUUCCAGCCAGUCCAACACGCCCACGGCCGGCACGCCUGUGCCCUCCUUCAUGAGGGCGCUUUCCCCAGCGGGGGCACGGCCCAAGCCCAAGGUGCCCGAGAGGAAAUCAUCCCUGCUCUCCUCCAUGUCCAUUUCCUCCUCUUCCACAUCCCUGUCCUCCAACACCUCUGAUUCAGCCAGGACCCCUGUCCCUCCCCUUCCCCCUCCAUUCUUCCCACUGAGCCCCACCUUCUCACCCCCCCUGCCUCUGCCUGCAACCCCUGAGACUUCUAAGAGCCUGCUCCCCUGCGGGUCAUCUCCUGAAUUCCCAUCCCCUCCUCCAGAGGCGAUGUUGGACUCCGUUUGGCCAAUCAACAAUGCGGUCAGUCCUCCUCCACCCCCACCUCUUCCUCAACCUUCUACCGCCCCUGUUGUGCCCCCACCCCCGCCACUACCCCCUGCAGCUCCACCCACAGCCCUCAGCCUGAAGAGCCUGAAAGAGGCCCUCAAAUCCGUGAGCCCAUCGGAUGUCAACCAUACACCCAACGGGGUUAAAAAACCGCCCCUCAAUCAUCCUGGGUCCCCUGUGCCCCUGAUCACUGCCCAAGCUCUGCAGAUGGUCCAGCUGCGGUCUGUCAAGAAGCCAGAGAGACUUCAGAACACUGAAGGGACCACAACAAGCACUCAGGAAACCAGGAAUGGGCAGGAGUCCCCAAACUCCUCCACACCAGAGUUGCCUAUAAAGCCAGAGCCCCCGACGGUACUGCCACUGCCUUCCUGUGCCGCCCCCACCCUAAACGGGAUGUACAAGCCUCCCACGCCUGUCAAGAAGUACCUGAGAGACCUCCCCAAAAGCAGCGCCCUAGAGAUCAUGUCUGGUGAUGCUGCCAGCACUGACCCCCCCGGUGAUGCCACUCCCCUGAGUCAGGCACAGCCAUCCUCAGGGCCUUCUGACGACCCCUCGCUCCCUGACCACGUUGACCCAGAAAGUUCUCCUGCGGGGAGCCCAAACGAUGUGGUGCACAGUCCUGCACCCAAACAAAAGCCCCCAGUUGCCGCCAAGAAACCCAAGCUGUCCGUACUGGCACUCCCUCCCCAGACUCCUCCCGAGUCUGCACCAGAGACUCCACCUAAGACCCCACCCCAGACUCCGCCUCCGACUCCACCUGAGUCCACCCUGCGGGAGAAAGAACAGCUCUGUGCAGACGUGCCCCUUGCCUCUCAGAAUGGGAUGUCCAGCCCCAGAACGGCCCAGCCGGAAGGCACGGAGGAGACGGACUCUCGAGCUCCUACCCCUCUGACUGAGAGCAGAGAGUCCCUCAGCAGCAAGCUCUCUGCCGACAGCCUGCAGGCCACCUGCGACCCCGCCCCCUCCCCUGCCCCGCCCUCUCAGGAGCUCCCACUCAAUGGUGACAAUGGAGGUGGGGAUGGAAAUGGAGAAGAAGAUGCAGAUGCAGACAGAGAUGGAGAUGCAGAUGGAGAUGUAGAUGGAGAUGAAGAUGGAGAUGGAGAUGCAGAUGGAGAUGGUGCCAGCAGUACCACAGGCUCCAUCAGCUCUAAGGAUGACGACAACGGCGAGGUGUUCGACUCCAGCACAGCCAACUCGUCGCCGGCCGCUAGCACCAACGGAGACGCCCUGGAGGACAUGGUGACGCCCACCCGCCCGCGCACCACCGAAGACCUGUUUGCCGCCAUCCACAGGUCCAAAAGGAAGGUUCUGGGCCGGAGAGAGUCUGAGGAGGACCGGUCGCGAGGCCACUCCCCGUCGCCGCCGGUUACGCCCACGGGCAUGUCGCCGGGGCUGAGCUCGUCGCUGCCGCGCCCGGCGGGCUCCAUCCAGCGCAGCCUGCGCAAGUCGGCCACCAGCAGCGACAGCUUCAAGGCCCUCCUGCUGCGCAAGGGCAGCCGCUCGGAGACCAGCUUCCGCAUGUCGGCCGCCGAGAUGCUGCGCAGCACCGACCCGCGCUUCCAGCGCACGCGCUCCGAGUCCUCGCUGGACCCGCCCCCGCCGUCGAGCCCGCCCUCGCCCUCGCCCGACUCGCCGGGCCGUGGGAACAGGAGGGCCCAGGAGGACUGGGCGCGCUGCGAGGGCGCCCUGCCCCGCCCCUCGCCGGGCUCCGCCCCCUCCUCCAAGCACGGCCGCCCCCGGGCCCCGCCCAUGGCCGCCAGCAGCAAGUACAACGCGCGCAGCCGCAUCCUCAGCAGCCCCAUGACGGUGAUCCGGGAGGGCGAGGGCGAGCUGGGCGAGGCGCCCGACUGCAGCGGCCCGGCCGCCGGGCCGGCGGACUCCGCCGCCGCCCUGUGCGGGGACAGCAGUUAGGAGCCGCGGUUACUGCCCCCCAUCAGACGGGGGCGUCGUCUGACUCGCUUACGGCCAAGGGGGAGGGGCCGCCCCGCUGCAGAGCCUAACUGCCCGCCCCCCCGGGGCUCCACCGGAUCCAGCCGGUUCCCUGUUCUGGAGUCCGGCUCCUUCCGGAUAUGGAGAGCCACAGGCUACCCCCCCCCCUCCCUGAGUCGCCCACUACAUGGAUUCUGUGGUGCUCUUGUCUGAAGUGGAGUAUUUACUCCAGGUUUUACACGGUCUAAUUUUUGUUUCCUCAUCUUUCGUAUGAGAAUCUGUACUCCACGAGAAGCAAUAUCAGACUUCCACUGGCAAAUGUAGCCUGAUGUGUUUUCCCUGUUUUGUUUCCUUUGUUUAUUAUCUUGUUUUUUUUCCCCUUGUUUUUUCCCUGUUUAAAGUUCCAGAGUGUAAAGAAAGUGUAGAACCCCCGUUGCUUUUUUCAGUAUGUUGCUUUGAGAACUGAAUUAAGGGAAAGAUAUGUGAGAGAAAGAAUUAAGUGACAUGAUUUCAUUGCUGCAGUAGUGCUACUCAGUAGCGGCUGAACUGGGUUGGUGUUCUAACCAAGAGCGUUGUCGUUGAGACUGGGGAAAAACGAAAGUUUCUACUAACAGUCUGCUGUUGCUCCUUUUCAAGUUUGCGUUCCUUUCCGUAAUGGCUGCCUCUCUGUCCUGAGGUCAGCAAAGCCACCCUCCAUUUCUCCACUGUUGGCGAGUCCCCUUCAGGUUCAGGGCAGACCCCGAAACCAGAAAUGGGACUUUCCCAUGAUUCUUUAAUUUGUCCUCAGUAGCCAACCGGUGGGGUAGGGGGGCGGCUUCCAAGGCCUCCAUUUCUGUGGCCACACGGCACUGAAAAGGGCUCACGGCUGGACUGUUACACCGGCUAGCGGAAACAAGCACGUGGACAAGAUGGCACUACGGAGGAGGGUUUGGGGUUAGGUUUUUUAAACCUUUUCUAGCUCUGUUUUAGUUGGUAGAUUUGCACUACAUAUUAGUAUUUUGUUUUUAAAGACGAGACGUUGUGUUCGGGGGAAUCCUUUAAUAAGUCUGUUUGUGUCAUUUACUUCAUGAGAAUGCAGAAUGGAUUCGAAACGAAAAGAAAAUUUACUUGAAAAACCCAUCAGCCCUGUUUCAUUUGUGAACGUUUCGGUUACCAAAGACCUAAGGGGUACAAUUUUGCCCGCAGUAUUUUGUCAGGAGGGCAGGAUCUCAAUCUGAUCGAUACUAGACUGGAUGCAACCAGAAUCUUGUAUUGUUGAGUUUAGCAUGAUUUAAGAGAUGGACAUAAUUAGGCUCCCAGUUAAUACUACACUAUUUUACCUUUCUAAAAUAGAUUUCUUUUUCCUGUGACGUUUUAUAAUUUUUAAUGUAAAUACAUAGAAAAUUGUAAAAGUAACAUUUGACUUAUUUUUCACAGAAUUUGUACAUUUUUAGAGCCCUUGUUUUUGAAAGGAGGGGUCCUUUUGUAGGCUAUUUAUUUUAGUAUAGUGAGGAUAUGGAUGUGAUUUGAUCUUUUUUUUCCUUCUGCAGUUGGGUGGGAAGGAAGGGGAUGGGGGUGGAGUUGUGUGUGACCUUUGCAGCAGUGGUGUCCAUUCCUGCUUCAAGUCUACAGGGGUUUUCAGACACGCCUCUCAACCGAAUUGACACCUGAGACAGCCGAUGAUUUGAGUUCCAAUCAAAUCACUGGCCCGUUAUGUAAUUGAGAAAAGAGGUGGACUAACAGCAGACCCCUGUGGGACACCGCUGCUGCAGAGUGCUAACAGGAGAACAGUUAUUUCUGAACCCUGUCAUGAGCACGGCAGGGACCAAAGAGUUCAGCAGAUACACAGAUUUCCAUGUUCCAGAGCUCACCUGAAUCUAUUUAGAUUUCUGUAGAAGCAAUAUUUAAGUUUUUUUCUUUUCUACAAGGCAAUUAAACAAUCCGUAUGCAUAUGUUCAUUAAAUAAUGGCUUGGUGGGUUCUCAAUCAUGCAAUGCGUGUUUUUUUUUUUCUUGUUUAAUUGUACACGGUUAUUUAUCAAUACUCCUCAGCACUGAAACGGAAAUCCCCGUAUCUGCGGAACUCUUUCCUCCCUGGCACAGCGGGGUGUUUUUAUCGGUUCAGGCGCCCGCAGUAGCCCCGCCCACUGCGCUGUUUGACGAAGCCCGGCCGCCCCGUCGCUGGGAGAAAGAUGGAGAGGCCCUGAGGUGGGGUGCGCGGGCUGCCGGCCCUGUGUUUGUCUCUGUAAUAAAACAUGAUGUCAUUAAAGA